CGUUGUUGUCGUCGGCGUUUUAGGGUUUAAGCAAUUUCCAAGCAGUCUGUGAAAGAUAUUCGAAUCAUAUAUAGUAGAAACAAAACCCUUCCCUCUUGUUUUAUAUUCGCAUUUAAUCGAUUCUUUUCGAGCCCUUGGAUAGAACUUCAGCCAGAAGAAUGAUAGCAGCGGUUUCUUGGGUCCCGAAAGGGGUUUCAAAGUCUGUCCCAGAUGUGGCUGAUCCUCCUUCCAAAGACGAGGUUGAAGAGAUUCUCAAGAGUAAUUUAGAGAAAAGUGAGGAGAGUGAAAAUGAGGAGCAAGAUGAAGGUAUGGAUGCCGAAGCUGCUAAAAAGGGUGAAGAAGUUUCCCAAGCGUUAGCUGCUGCAGAUGCACUUGGAAAAGCUUCAAAAAGUACCACUUCAAGUUCCAAUUUUCAGGACAUUACUGAUGGUUUACAGGAGCUGAACAUGGAAGAUUACGAUGACGAGGAUGACGGUAUUGAUAUUUUUGGUGCGGGGAUUGGGGGCACAUAUUAUCCUAGUAACGACAUGGACCCAUAUCUGCAGGGUCAGGCUGAUUAUGACUCUGAAGAGCUUGAGGACGUGAUCAUAAAGGCUGAGGAUGCUGUGUUAAUAUGUGCACGUAACGAGGAUGAAGUCAGUCAUAAACAGGUUUGGAUCUAUGAGGACCCGGCUGGUGGUGAUUCGAACAUGUACGUUCACCACGAUAUCAUCAUUCCAGCUUUUCCCCUCUGCUUAGCAUGGCUCGACUGCCCAAUUAAAGGUGGAGAAAAAGGUAACUUCAUAGCUGUAGGUUCAAUGGAACCAUCCAUUGAAAUAUGGGACCUAGACAUUAUGGAUGAAGUCCAACCAUCAGUGGUGUUAGGUGGUAUUGUUGAAAAGAAGAAGAAGAAGAAAGGAGGAAAGAAGAAAUCAAUCAAGUACAAGGAGGACAGCCACACUGAUGCAGUGCUUGGUCUUGCUUGGAACAAGGAGUACAGGAAUAUACUUGCCAGUGCUAGUGCAGACAAACUAGUCAAGAUUUGGGAUGUGGCAACUGGAAAAUGUGAUAUUACCAUGGCGCACCAUACAGACAAGGUUCAAGCUGUUGCAUGGAAUCAUCACGUGCCACAAGUUUUACUUAGUGGAUCCUUCGAUCAUACAGUGGUCCUGAAGGAUGGAAGGAUACCAUCUCAUACAGGAUUCAAGUGGUCAGUUUCAGCUGAUGUUGAAAGCGUGGCUUGGGAUCCACACACUGAGCACUCAUUUGUGGUCAGUCUUGAAAAUGGUACAGUUAGUGGUUUUGAUAUCAGAGCUGCUAAGUCUGAUCAAUCUUCGGACUCAAAGCCCAGUUUCACCCUUCAUGCACAUGAUAAAGCAGUUUGCACAAUCUCCUAUAAUCCGUUGGCGCCAAAUCUUCUCGCAACGGGAUCCACUGACAAAAUGGUUAAACUCUGGGAUUUGUCAGACAACCAGCCAUCAUGUGUUGCAUCUUACAAUCCGAGAGCCGGAGCUGUAUUUUCCAUUUCGUUCUCAGAGGAUAGCCCCUUUUUGCUGGCCAUAGGAGGCUCCAAGGGGAGACUGGAAGUGUGGGAUACCCUAUCUGAUGCAGGGGUUUCCCGAAGAUAUGGUAACUUAAGAAAUCAAAACAGAUCUUAGACCUAUUAGAGAUACGUCUUACUAUCUGUUUCUGGUGUGUUCUUGGUGUGUAAAUUAAAGAAAGGUCAACCUCAAGGGAGCUCAAGUGGCAAUAGGGAUGAGCUCUUGAGCUCCAAACCUUGGCAAGCUCUGGGGUCAGGCUGCAAGAGAUUUAGAAAUCUCUUGUGAAUCCUCUAGUCCUGGCAUGGAUGGCAUGCCUUUGACCGAACCAAGGAGUAGAAUAGUCAAGGUGCACCUAAACUGGCCCGGACACCUAAAAGAAGAAAAAAAGAAAAAAGAAAAAGAAAGGUUAUAGUCUAUUUUUAUAGUGCAGUUGAUUUCAUUUUUAGAAUUAGGUAAUGAAAGGUUGAGGCCUUGGUUUUUGAUUGUGAACAAGCACUCAUUGUUUUAUUUACCUGUCUAAACUGCUGGAUGUGAUGUUUUUAAUUGGAUUGUUAACCUGUAUUUAUUUUAUUUUAUUUUUUCU